AUGUCCCUAAAUUUAAUAAAUAAAAUAAUCAAAAUCCAACGCCUAAAAACAAAUUUUCAAAACCUCCGGCUUGUCUAAGCUGACCCGCGUUUCCUUCCUCCUUCCUCCCUUCACCGUCGCCACCUGCCACCAACCCCGAAACCGCUGCCGUCUUAGUUUCCGUUUUUCUUUUUUUCUUUUUCUUUUUCCUAAUUCUUUCUGUUAUGGGAAACUGUAACGCAUGCGUUAGACCGAACGACAGUCCGGAAAGUAAACCGAACCGGUCGGACCAGAACGAGAGAGGAAAGAAAAAAGCCCGGGAAGGGAAACCUAACCCGUACGCCGAGAAAGUCCCUUCGCCGGCUCCGAUCCGAGUUCUAAAAGACGUGAUUCCACUGAGUCACCGAACUCGACUAGGCGACAAGUAUAUCCUGGGACGCGAGCUCGGCAGAGGCGAGUUUGGAAUCACCUACCUCUGCACGGACAGGGAAACGCGUGACGGCCUCGCGUGCAAGUCAAUCUCCAAGCGGAAACUCCGAACAGCCGUCGACAUCGAAGACGUCCGACGCGAGGUUGCCAUAAUGUCAACUUUGCCGGAGCAUCCAAAUAUUGUGAAGUUGAAAGCGACGUACGAGGAUAAUGAAAAUGUUCAUUUGGUUAUGGAGCUUUGCGAAGGAGGAGAGUUGUUUGAUAGGAUAGUAGCGAGAGGACAUUACACGGAACGCGCAGCAGCGAACGUGGCCAAGACGAUAGCUGAGGUGGUUAGGAUGUGUCACGAGAAUGGGGUUAUGCAUAGAGAUUUGAAGCCUGAGAAUUUUUUGUUUGGGAAUAAGAAAGAACAUGCGCCGCUAAAAGCGAUUGAUUUUGGUUUGUCUGUGUUUUUUAAGCCUGGGGAGAGGUUUUCAGAGAUCGUGGGGAGUCCAUACUAUAUGGCUCCUGAAGUCUUGAAACGAAAUUAUGGACCGGAGGUUGAUGUGUGGAGUGCUGGAGUGAUCCUUUACAUUUUGUUAUGUGGGGUUCCUCCGUUUUGGGCAGAAACUGAACAGGGUGUUGCUCUUGCAAUUUUGAGAGGGGUCAUUGAUUUUAAGAGGGAACCUUGGCCUCAGGUUUCAGAAAGUGCUAAGAGUCUUGUUAGGCAGAUGUUAGAACCGGAUCCUAAGAAGCGGUUGACUGCUCAACAGGUUCUUGAACAUUCCUGGUUGCAAAAUGCGAAGAAAGCUCCAAAUGUUCCACUGGGAGAUAUUGUGAGAACAAGGCUCAAACAGUUUUCUGUGAUGAAUAGAUUCAAAAAGAAGGCCUUGAGGGUAAUUGCAGAGCACUUAUCUGUAGAAGAGGUUGAAGUAAUCAGAGAUAUGUUCACAUUAAUGGAUACAAACAAUGAUGGGAAAGUUUCGUACGAGGAGCUGAAGGCUGGGCUUCGGAAGGUUGGUUCACAAUUGGCUGAACCAGAGAUCAAGAUGUUGAUGGAAGUGGCUGAUGUUGAUGGAAAUGGAGUACUGGACUAUGGAGAAUUUGUAGCAGUGACUAUUCACCUGCAGAAGAUGGAGAAUGAUGAGCAUUUCCGCAGAGCAUUUAUGUUCUUUGACAAAGAUGGGAGUGGAUAUAUUGAACUGAAUGAGUUACGGGAUGCCUUAGCUGACGAAUCAGGUGAGGCUGAUGUUGAUGUGCUGAACGACAUCAUGCGUGAAGUUGACACUGACAAGGAUGAGCGUAUCAGUUAUGAUGAAUUUGUUGCCAUGAUGAAAGCUGGCACUGAUUGGAGAAAGGCAUCGAGGCAGUAUUCAAGAGAAAGGUUCAAGAGCUUGAGCCUUAACUUAAUGAAAGAUGGUUCUUUGCAGCUCCAUGAUGCAGCUACUGGCCAAGCUGUUGCUGUUUAAGCCAAGGGAUCGAUUACUUUGUUGGAUUUUUCUUUCACCUUUGUUGUCAAUAAAUGAUUCCAUACCUGAAAAGCAGCUUCCGGGUGCCUUCACAGAGUGGCAUUUAGGUUUAACACGAGCUCAUGGAGGCAGACAGAAUAUUCUCUGGUAACAUGUUUACAUCGCCAGCUUUGGUUAGUUUUUGGCUGCAUGAAGUGUGCAUUAAUAGAUUAGAGUUGUUAGCAGUUGGUAGAAUAUGAAGGGCACGUCCAUGUAUAUGUUUUCAUGUCAUGUUGUUGGAAGAUUUAAUUGGCUUUAUUUUAUUUCCAUUUUGAGCAGAAUCUAUUUUAGGGUUUUUAUGAGCAAUGUGACAUUGUGAAAAUAUUUCCGAUGUUUUCUCAUAUAUUUAAAGAAAACCCAGAUUCUGAUGAAUUAAUCGGAUCUGAUAGUUAAAUUUUCUCAAGUAAAAGCUUUUAUUAUGGGAGCUAGGGAAUAACCUGUUUAGUAUUUCAUUUACUUUUGAGAGGUUGAUGAGGAAGGCAUUAGAUGAGGGUCCAUGGUCGAUCAUGGGGCACUAGAUGGUUGUGAAGGAGUGGAAAGCAGGGGACGUGGUUGAGGAAGUUUACUUUUGAGAAAUUUUCUUUUGGAUCCAGGUGCACAAUGUGCCUCUAUGGUUGUUGACCAAGGCAAAUGCAGAGGUUAUUGGGAGGGUGGUGGCUGUGGAGGAUCCAGGUGGAGUGAGGGGAAUAGGGCAUGGUUUCUAAGGAUCCGAUUCGAGUUGGGGUGGAUGUUGAUCGAGCCAUGAUUAAUGGAUUCUGGAUUUCGAGGAAGGUUGUGCGGAGGAGGUAAAGAUGGCGUUCUAUGAUCAGAAAAUAUGAAGAUAUGGUGCUCAUUUGCGAGCUGCUCCAAUGCGACUGAUGAACAGAAAUGGUGGUGUAGGAAAUAUUAGGAGUAGAAGGGCAGAGACAGUGGUGGAAAUGGGUAGGAAGUUGAGGUCGUAAAACAGACGAGUGGUGGUGUAGUGGUGGCGUGUGAGUAAAGUGUUGAGGAGUGGCGCGUGGCUGAUCAAAGGGAAAGAAGGAUUGUCAGUUAAGGAGGUUGAGAAUUCAGUUAUUUCUGGUGUAAACAGAGAAUCUAGUGAAGACAAAUUUUGUGAUAUGAACGAGGGAUCGGAGUCGAAGACUACCAAGUGGUUCAUUACUUGUUUGUGCCACGUCAGA